AUGACCUUACCAAACUGCAAACUGAACCAACAUCACAUCCUGGGAUGGGACUCGCCUCUCAAUCUUCUUCUCACCACGCUGCUGCUUUUCACCCAAGUGGGGCUGGGGGGCUGUCACCCGCAGUGUUUGGAUUACAAGCCGCCUUUCGAGCCCCAGAAGCCGCUGCUCUUCUGCAAAGAGUACGCCAAAUUCGGAUGCUGCGACGAGGAAAAGGAUCAUCAGCUGUCGGUCAGGUUUUACUCGAUCAUGGAGCACUUUGAUCACGCCGGUUAUGUCACCUGUGGAAGGUACAUCCGCAGCAUCCUUUGCCAGGAAUGUUCUCCAUACGCUGCCCAUCUGUACGACGCAGAGGAUGCAAACACACCCAUGCGCAUUUUGCCCGGACUGUGUGGCAGCUAUUGCAAUGACUACUGGCACCAGUGUCGAUACACACUGAGUCUCCUCCUGGAGGACCAGGUGGACCCAAGGCAGUAUGCAAACCUGACCGCCACGCUGGAGGAAGAUCACAGGCUGUUCUGUGAAUUUCUGGAGCUGAAGGACAAACAGUACUGCUACCCUAAUGUCUUGACAAACGCAGAAUUAAAUGCUAAUCUGGGUUUGGUUCGAGAGGAUCCCGAAGGCUGUCUCGAGAUUUGCUUGGAGGAGGUUGCAAAUGGGCUUCGGAACCCGGUGGCCAUGGUCCACGCCGAUGAUGGGACACAUCGUUUCUUUGUGGCUGAGCAGCUGGGCUACGUUUGGGUGUAUCUGCCAAACGGCUCCAGGAUCGACCGUCCAUUCCUCAACCUCACACAGGCUGUCCUGACGUCACCUUGGGCUGGAGACGAGAGAGGAUUCCUGUGCAUAGCCUUGCAUCCAAGGUUCACCACUGUCAGAAAAGCUUACGUUUAUUACUCGGUGUCCGUCAAGAAGGAGGAAAGGAUACGCAUCAGCGAGUUCACGCUAUCAACGCAUGAUGACAACCAACUUGACCACUCCUCGGAGAGAACCAUCCUGGAGUUGGUAGAACCAGCGUCCAAUCAUAACGGCGGGCAACUUUUGUUCGGCCAUGACGGAUAUUUGUACAUCUUCAUUGGGGAUGGUGGUCGAGCCGGUGACCCCUUUGGAAAAUUUGGCAACUCGCAGAACAAAUCAACCCUCCUUGGCAAGGUGCUCCGCGUUGAUAUUAACAACAACGACGAUGGUGCACCUUACAGCAUCCCUUCAGACAACCCAUUCCUGGGCGAGAAGGAGAGCCUCCCAGAGAUUUACGCUUACGGUGUACGCAACAUGUGGCGUUGCUCAAUUGACCGUGGAGACCCGAAGACCGGCUUCGGUCGAGGAAGGAUGUUCUGUGGUGAUGUAGGACAGAACAAAUAUGAGGAAAUAGACCUCAUACUUAAAGGGGGCAAUUAUGGAUGGAGGGCGAAAGAAGGCUUCAGCUGCUACGAUCGCAAACUCUGUCGUAACUCUUCGCUAGAUGACAUCUUGCCUAUCUUUGCCUACGCCCAUAAGUUGGGCAAAUCGGUCACGGGGGGAUACAUCUACAGAGGUUGCCAGAUGCCCAAUCUAAAUGGACUCUACAUCUUUGGAGACUUCAUGAGUGGGCGUCUGAUGUCUCUGAGGGAGAAUGCGACGACAGGUGAAUGGCAGUACAAUGAGGUCUGUAUGGGAAGAGACCAGACCUGCAGGUUCCCCAAACUCAUCAACAGCUACUAUAGAUACAUCAUCUCUUUUGCUGAGGACGAGGCAGGUGAAUUGUAUUUUCUUUCAACGGGUGCCCCAAGUGCAACCGCCAGAGCAGGAAUUAUCUAUAAAGUAGUGGAUCCCUCCAGGCGGGCAGCACCAGGUCGAUGUAGAAUCAAGCCCUCCCCAGUAAAGAUAAAGGGAAAACUUCUUCACUUCUAUCCCAAAGAAGAAUUUGUAAUCGACAAGAGACCAACGACCACGCCUGUUCCCACGACAACCACGAGGAAAAGCACCCCAACCAGAAAAACGACAAGAAAAACUACAACACCGCCACCCGCAACCAGAAAAGCCACGCGCCCGCCACCGACACCAGCAACGACGAGAAAACAAAAAAAGACGACAACAAUAAGACCAACACCGACAACAGUGGCUCGCUCCACCUCGGCAGCCACUGUGGUCAAAGCUACACCCACCGGUUAUCGCACAGCCGUCUACACCGCAGCCUCCUCUCGGAUUCAAACCCCAACUGCUACUUCAACAAGGAGACACACGAGACCCCCUCAACCCCACCCCACUACCACUUCCCGACCAAUAUCCUACCCACAUCCACCUCCUCCUCUAUCCACAAAGCAACCCUAUAAGUCUUUUACCACUGCACGUUAUCCUGAGCAUCCAAGGAGGCGGACAACCCCGCGACCUCCAUAUUGGAGUCCGAAACCCACAUCUUAUAAGCCCCAGAGACCCGUGAUAAAUACCACUCAGACAAAAACACAGGAGGGUAAGCUUGGGUUAGGAGAAAAGAACGACGAUGCACAAGGGCAGGAAGGUAAUCAAGUGAAUAAGAGUCCCAGGGGACGAGGCAGAGGUUAUGGUUACAAAAGAGUGAGAGGAAAUGGGAGGAUGCGUGUUGGCUCAGUUCGUCUGGUAAGCUCAGACGGUCUGUCGGACCGAGGACGAGUGGAGAUCUUUAUCCGUGGCGAGUGGGGAACAGUGUGUGACGACCUUUUCACCACCAAGGCAGGCACCGUAGUCUGUCGGCAGCUCGGCUUCACGACAGCACUAGCCGUUAUAAAGAGGGCCGGGCUGGGCCAGGCGGAUCGCAGCGUCAGGAUCUACCUGGAUGACGUGGAGUGUGAAGGCAGGGAGAGGUCGCUGCUUGAGUGCAAGCGAUCCAGAGUUGGGAAGCACAAUUGUUCGCACGCUGAAGAUGUGGGGGUGAUCUGCGGUUAGCAUUACUGGGAAAUAGAAGGGACUGCCAGAUGAAUAUUAUAUAAAUUGUUACAACUAACCCACUUCCUCGAAAGAGUUCUUUUAAGAACUUUAUGCAUUCUUUGGGACCUGUGUUGAAACAGUAGCAGGCUGUAUAUUUGGUACUACUUGGGCCUUCAGCAGGAACUUAAAGGUCCUGACUCCACCUCUCAAUACCACUACUUUGAGAUUGCAAUUAGAGAAACCAUACAUACUAUAUUCAAAAAAAAGAAAAAAAAACUAGAGCAGCACAACUGUACCAUGUACACCAUUUGGAGUACUUCACAAUCAAUAUUUAACGUAUAACAUGACAUAACAUCACAAAACACUGAAAGAAAACAUACUAACCAGUGAUGCUGUUCAUCACAUUUAUUGAUUAGUGCAGACAUGUAUUGCUAGUUGAAGACGAUUGGAACAAGUUAUCUUCUGACCAUCUAAUCUGAGCAUAGGAAAAUCCCAACAUCAUUGAGGGCCAACUUGAUGUGAGGAUAAAUUCAAAAUCUGAAUCUGAAUCAAAGGAGUAGUCUCGUUACUACUUUUGUUUAAGUCCAGCACUCCUGAUUCUGAAGGCUGUGAGCCAAUCGGAUUUGCAAGGCAGCACAAAGAGGCUGAAAUCUGACAAGAAAUUGAAAAAUAUUAUCAUGAACUAGAAGGAAAGCAGCCAAGAGAAACAUUAGUAAAUAAAAACAGUAGUGUUGAGAAUAAAUUAAUUUAAUGGAACAAAUAUUUUAUCAGUUGUUAUAGUGCUGAGGCCACCAGAUUUCCUGGCCCUAACUGCUCAACACUGGCUCACAAGAGCUCCAAGGGCAUCUGCAUACCAUACUGGUAAUGACUGACAACAAAUAUGUCACCAAUAUUAGUAGAUAAUAAUCAUAGCAGUAAUGAACUAAAAUGAAUGCAUUAAUUUUAACCAGAAGCUGCAUAUCUAUAAGGUAUAGUUGUCAGAUAUCUUUAAAGAUAGGGUACGAAAAUGCCCACCAAUGGUUUACAGUCAA